UCUCCACCUCCCAACCAGGAAGGGAAGGUGGGAGGUGUGGUCUCUGGCUCAAGGCGGGCGGUGCUUGUUGUGAACGCGGUGAAGGUGGAGAGGCGGCGUGGCCUUUCGCGUUUGCAAUUCGGCCCCCCGCCCACUGCUUUGCAAGCUCAGCGCGAACUGAGAGCAGCAGGCCUCCCGGAACGCUGCGCAAGCCUCGGUGAAGAGCCACUGUCUUCUUGACUGGGAAUUUGUUUCCUAGGCAUUCAUCCUAAUGGCACUGAGAUUACCUGCCAGGAGGCUGCUGCAAUGCAGCCACUGUGUGACGGGACCAUGUGAAAUCCGGGCACAGGGCACCAGUGCAACUGCCCCAAAGGAAAAAGAAGCAAAACCCUUGGGAAGCGAAGCAAAAGUCCCGAGAGCCAAGUUUGACUGGCAAGAUGCCCUGCAGCUGGAGAGGCUGCUGAGCCAGGAAGAAAUAAUGAUCCGGGACUCAUUUCGCACCUACUGCCAGGAAAAGCUGAUGCCCCGGAUCCUCAUGGCCAACCGCAAUGAAGUCUUUCACCGGGAAAUUAUAUCAGAAAUGGGGGCGCUGGGUGUCCUGGGCCCUACCAUCAAAGGUUAUGGCUGUGCAGGAACCACUUAUGUGGCAUAUGGACUCCUGGCAAGGGAGACUGAGAGGGUGGACAGCAGCUACCGUUCAGUCAUGAGUGUUCAGUCUUCUUUGGUGAUGCACCCUAUAUAUGCAUAUGGGACAGAGGAGCAGAAGCAGAAAUACCUGCCACGCCUGGCCACAGGAGAACUGCUAGGUUGUUUUGGACUUACAGAGCCUAACCAUGGGAGUGACCCUAGUAGUAUGGAGACUCGGGCCCAGUACAACUCCUCUAGCAAGACCUACACACUCAAUGGCACCAAAACCUGGAUCACCAAUUCUCCAAUGGCUGACCUGUGCGUGGUGUGGGCUGUAUGUGAGGAUGGCAAAAUACGGGGUUUUCUCUUGGAACGUGGAACGAAGGGUCUCUCCACUCCGAAGAUUGAGGGCAAAUUUUCGUUGCGAGCCUCUAUCACCGGGAUGAUUGUUAUGGAAGAUGUGGAGGUGCCUGAGGAGAACCUGCUACCCAACGUGUCUGGACUCGCAGGCCCCUUUGGCUGCCUGAACAAUGCUCGCUAUGGCAUUGCAUGGGGAGCUCUUGGAGCUGCCGAAUUCUGUAUGCAGACAGCCAGGCAGUACACCCUGGACAGGAUACAGUUUAAUGUCCCCUUGGCAAGAAACCAGCUGAUCCAGAAGAAGCUGGCAGACAUGCUCACAGAGAUCACCAUUGGCUUACAAGCUUGUCUACAGCUGGGCCGUCUGAAAGAUGAAGACAAGGCAACCCCUGAGAUGAUCUCCAUGCUGAAGCGGAAUUCCUGUGGGAAGGCAUUAGAGAUUGCCCGGCAAGCCCGUGAUAUGCUGGGUGGCAAUGGCAUUGCUGAUGAGUACCAUGUUAUCAGGCAUGUCAUGAACCUAGAGGCUGUCAAUACAUAUGAAGGGACCCAUGACAUCCAUGCACUCAUCCUUGGCAGAGCUAUCACUGGUCUUCAAGCUUUCACUGUUGGCAAAUGAAUGCAUUCCUCCAGGGUUCUGCUUUUCUCCUCAUGACCCUAACAUGGAAGCAUCAGUGGAGGUGGCUUGUGAUGCUACAACGGUUUUAAAACUUCAGUAUGACUGCUGUUGUUCACCAGAUUCAGAAUGAAUGUAUUCACCUCAGCUCAAUUUUUGAAACUAAUUUGAAAUUUUAAUACCAAAAUCAAGUGCUUGAGAACGUAAUUAUCCACCCAAAGAUUCAGAGCGAGAGCUGCAAGACACUGCACUGUGGCAAAGGAGCAUACCAUCAUGGCUGUUGAAUAUCCUUGUCAUGGGUAGUAGGCAAUACGGAAGUGGUAUAGAAGGGGCAGGUUAUGGGAAUGUGCAUCUCAAAUUUGAAAACUGUCAGUGAGGCAAGCUACUGUGGUAUGUAACUAGUGACAUUUGACUUUUCGUACAAUAGUUCGGUUUUAUGGAAAAUCUGCUGCUGCCACAAGAUCCAACCAGAGCAGAAGCCGUGGCUGCUGCAGGGUUGUGCAUAAGGCUAAUGAGAACCCUUUACUAGUUCUAGCAAGCACUACAACUAAAAAACAAAAGUUACCACCCAGCUCGUUGUUAUCCUGUUGUGACCCUCGACAAGCUGCUACAUUUCAGUGCCUCAUUAUGUCUGUUGGAUAAGUGUCAUGAAUCUUCCCUGAUCAUUGACCAGAUUUUUGAUGAAGCCAUAAGCUGCCUCAGCUAGGACUCUUUUGCACUUAUGAUACAGAUGUUCCCUUCUGUUUGUUAAAGAAUAAAUAAAAUGAUAGAUUUUGCACAGUAAA